AUGGGUGGAGCAUUGUUGAGUAAGUCGUGGAGGACAUUCCCAGAGGACUACGAGAGAAGUCUUUAUUCUGUGAAGACUUACAAACCUCGUAAGAAAAGUGUUAAACAUGUCCGAAUUCUGCUCCACGGACCAGUUGGUGCUGGCAAAUCUACUUUCAUCAACUCUGUGAACAGUCUGUUUCAAAGGAGAAUCACCUGCGGAGCUUUGUCAGAUGGAGCAAAUUGGACCAGCUUCACCCAGAAAUACACAACUUACAAAAUCGAGAAAAGCAUGAAGGAAUCGUAUAACUUCAUUUUCAAUGACACCAAAGGCCUGGAAGAGCCAACCAACUCUGGAAUUGACAUAGAGGACAUUAAAUGUGUCCUGAAAGGACAUGUGCGUGAUGGUUACAAGUUUGAUUCUGAAAAUCAAAUUUCAGAGGAUGAUGAUUUAUACAAUGCAAAUCCUACUCUGAAUGACAAGGUUCAUGUUGUGGUUUUUGUCAUUCCUGCUGAUAAAAUAUCUCUCAUAUCUGGAGCGAUGCGAACAAAGAUGAGAAACAUCAGACUAGCAGCUAGUGAGGAGGGAAUUCCCCAGCUGAUUGUUCUCACCAAAGUUGAUGAAUACUGUCCAAAGGUGAAAGAGGAUAUUACCCAUGUCUAUCGGAGCCGAACCCUAAAGGAACAGGUUGACAAAGCCAGCCAGCUUCUCGGCCUUCCACCAAACUGCAUCUUUCCCGUGCAAAACUAUCACACAGAAAUGGCACCAAAUGAAAACAUGAAUGCUCUGAUACUGGUUGCACUGAAACAGAUGAUUGAUUUGGGAGAAGAUUACCUGAACAGCCAGACUGAUGAGCCAGAGAAUGAGUAA